AUCUCUUUUUUUUCUUUCCCAGGGUGAUACCAAUGGUCAUUCAGUUUUCUAUUCUGAUUAUGCUGCACUCCGCUCUUGUGCUAAUCACUACAGCAGAGGAUUACAAAUGUUUACCUUUAAUGCUCCGGAAAACUUGCUGCUGGAUUAAUGAGACGUAUCUGGCCAGGAAUGUCAUUAUAUUUGCAUCCAUUCUGAUUAAUUUUCUUGGAGCCAUCAUCAAUAUUCUAUGGUGUGAUUUUGACAAACCAGUAGCCCUGAAGAACCAGACAUUCAAUUCAUCUGCAUCUUUCACAGACAUCUGUUCCUAUCCUGAGUAUUUUGUCUUCACUGGUGUGCUGGCAAUGGUGACUUGUGCAGUCUUUCUUCGUCUCAACUCUGUCCUGAAGCUGGCAGUACUUCUCAUCAUGAUUGCAAUCUAUUCUCUGCUGACUGAGACAAUUUAUGCUUCCCUAUUUCUGCAAUAUGACAACUUUAACCACAAUGGAGACACAGACUUCCUGGGUACAAAGGAGGCAUCUUUACUACUGAUGGCAAUGUUCCUUUUAGCCGUAUUUUAUCAUGGUCAACAGCUUGAAUACACAGCAAGGCUGGAUUUUCUGUGGCGUGUACAAGCUAAAGAAGAAAUCAAUGAAAUGAAGGAGUUAAGGGAGCACAAUGAAAAUAUGCUACGGAAUAUUUUACCCAGUCAUGUUGCCCGUCACUUCCUGGAGAAGGAUCGGGAUAAUGAAGAAUUAUACUCUCAGUCCUACGAUGCAGUUGGUGUGAUGUUUGCUUCUAUUCCUGGAUUUGCUGACUUCUACUCCCAGACCGAGAUGAAUAACCAAGGAGUAGAAUGUCUGCGCUUACUGAAUGAAAUCAUUGCAGACUUUGAUGAGUUACUAGGUGAAGAAAGAUUUCAAGAUAUUGAAAAAAUUAAAACGAUUGGCAGCACAUACAUGGCCGUGUCAGGAUUAUCACCUGAAAAACAGCAAUGUGAAGACAAAUGGGGGCAUUUGUGUGCUCUGGCCGACUUCUCCAUAGCUCUGAAUGAAAGCAUACAGGAGAUCAACAAGCAUUCGUUUAACAACUUUGAACUCCGUAUUGGGAUUAGCCAUGGCUCUGUUGUAGCUGGAGUUAUCGGUGCUAAGAAACCUCAAUAUGAUAUCUGGGGCAAAACAGUUAAUUUAGCAAGUCGAAUGGACAGCACAGGUGUUAGUGACAGAAUACAAGUGCCUGAAGAAACGUAUCUGAUCCUGAAGGACCGGGGAUUUGCCUUCGACUACCGAGGAGAGAUUUAUGUCAAAGGUAUCAGUGAACAGGAAGGAAAAAUCAAAACAUAUUUUCUUCUAGGAAGAGUUCAACCAAAUCCUUUAAUCUUACAACCAAGAAAACUGACUGGACAGUAUUCAUUAGCAGCCGUUGUAUUAGGACUUGUACAGUCUCUUAACAGGCAAAAACAGAAGCAAAUCCUUAAUGAGAACAAUAACUCUGGAAUCAUAAAAGGACAUUACAACCGGAGGACUUUGCUUACUCCAGGUGGAUCUGAGGCAGCAGCCCAGGCAGAGGGGGCUGACAAAACUGAAUUGCCAUAAUCAGCAUUUUGUUUGUGUUCUUUUUUUUGUAUUUCUUUUAUAUAUAAAAAUAAAUAUACAAAUAAAAAGGGUUUAAUUUUUUUUA